CCUUUGUUUGGUACUCAUGGUAGUCAUUGCAUCUUUGUCUUGCAAUGAAGAGUGUUUGCUUGAAUUUUCUUACCUAAGCCAAGGCACCAGAAAGACGUCAGCAGUUUAGCACAACUUAUUUAUUUCUUUGGAUCCGCUUAUUCACAAUUGAGACUCUUAUCUGGACCGUCCCAUCGGCCCUUGAUUCAAGAUUGUAGUCGAAGGCAUAAUUCGUAAUAAUUGUUACCGGUAUCUUAGAAUUGCUAGCUCUCAGCAGAAUUCGCAGUUGAUUCCGUGCCCAUUGGUGGUCAUCUGUGUAAUUUACAGUUCGUAUUUUGGCAUUCGAGCAGAAUUUGCGCUAUGGAUGCCUUGAUUAGAAAGAAGUUUCCGAACAUCGACGAGGACUUGAUGGAAUAUGUAUCAGGCUGCUUAGCUGAUUUAUCGUUGCCCUCGGUAGAGGACGUUCACGAGGCGAUCGGUGAGAUGCUGGUGGGGUCCGUCGAGGGCUGUACUGAGGAAGUCGUGCUUGAUCUUUGCAGGGAGAUUGCUGGCCUAUGUCUGAGGAAUAGAGGUGCCACCAAUGUUGAUGGACUACACCAGGCACUGUCUGCACCUGUCCAGCUGGGAGCAAUUGCCCAAGCCGUCGAGAGGGACAUCCAAGAAGCAUCUAGUAUCUUUAUGAAGCAGACGAGAGAUGUUUCGAAUGUAGACCAGAAGCGCUUGGAGAAGGCAGAAGCCAAGAUCCGGCAGAAGAACGAGAGAAGGGCCACGCAGAAGCCAACUACUAGUGCUGCCGAGGCGCCAGUUCUCCAGGAGGCCUCUGCUAAUCAGGUUGUCAACAAGCGUGACAUGAAGCAGAAUGGCAAGGUGACCGAUAUUCACUUGGAUAACGUUGACCUGACGUUUGGCGAAAAGGUUCUGCUGGAGAAUGCCAGUGUGGUGAUGAGCUUUGGGCGGCGCUACGGUCUAGUCGGCCGCAACGGAAUGGGAAAGAGUACUUUGCUACGUGCUAUCGCCAGCCGAUCUCUGCGUAUCCCACCGCAUAUCUCUGUCUUGCACGUGGAGCAGGAAGUGGUUGGCGACAACACCAGUGCCCUCGAUAGUGUGCUGGAGUGCGACGUGGAGCGUAAGGAGCUACUGCAGCGCGAGCAAGAGCUGACCGGUGCCACGCGCGACCCACAGCCUGUGGCUACUCCAGCAGUGGAUACAAGCGGCGAACUCAUGAAGAUCUAUGCAAGACUAGCCGAAUUGGAAGCAGACCAAGCGCCAGCUAAAGCCAGCCGAAUUCUGGCAGGUCUUGGAUUUUCUCCAUCCAUGCAACAGCAACCUACAAAGCAGUUCUCUGGUGGUUGGAGAAUGAGAUUGGCACUGGCGAGAGCGCUGUUCGCUCAGCCAGACCUGCUUCUUCUUGACGAACCGACAAACAUGUUGGAUCUCCGAACCGUACUCUGGCUGGAGCAAUAUCUGCAGUCAUGGCCCACCACCAUUCUAGUUGUAUCUCACGACCGCAGUUUCUUGCGCUCAGUGGCUACCGACAUUAUCCACUUGUUCUCAAGGGACCUGUCUACAUACAAGGGAGAUUAUGAUAUCUUCAUGCAGACGAAGGAAGAGCGCCUCCGAAAUCAGCAAAGGGAGUACGAGGCCCAGCAGCAGUAUCGUCAGCAUCUACAGGACUUUAUCGACAGAUGGCGCUACAAUGCCAAGAGGGCACCACAAGCACAGAGCAAGAUCAAGAUAUUACAGAAGCUGCCUGUGAUAAAGCCGGUCAUUAUCGAUCCCGAUGUAGUACUGCGAUUCCCGUCGUGCGAGGAAUUGCAAGGUCCUCUUGUCCAGCUCAGUGAGGUUACAUUUGCUUACACGCCGGAGAGGACAAUUUUCUCCAACGUCGACCUGACUAUAAAUGCCCAGUCUCGCAUUGCAGUUGUUGGUGCUAAUGGUGCAGGAAAGACCACUCUGCUCAAGAUCCUCCUGGAAGAACUAUCACCUACUAAGGGUGUGCGCUCCAAUCAUCGCAACCUGAGCAUGGCCUACUUCAGCCAGCAUCAUGUUGACUCUCUGAGCAUGCAGCUCUCCUCAUUGGACUUGUUCCGUGAGCGAUUUUCAGGGUGUCGUGAUGAGGUGUACAGGCAGCAUCUUGGAUCCUACGGCGUGUCUGGAGAACUUGCCACACGACCCAUUGCAACUCUCUCCGGUGGCCAGAAGUCACGAGUAGCCUUUGCCGUCAUGACGUGGAAAAAGCCAAAUAUGCUGAUUCUCGACGAACCUACCAAUCAUUUGGAUGUAGAGACUGUCGAAGCUCUGGGAAGAGCACUGGUCAAGUUCCCCGGUGGUGUGGUGUUAGUUAGCCACGACGAGACGCUGAUUGACAUGGUGAUGCAAGAGCUGUGGGUGUGCGGCGACGGCUCCGUCAAGUCACUGGAGGGUGGUCUCAAGGAGUACCGCAAGCGCAUUCUGGCCGAGAUCGAGAGUGGUGGCCUGUGAGAGCAUGUGGCCCUGCACAGUCAGUGAGAGCAUGUGACCAUUCUGUAAGGCCCUGCACAGUCUGUGUGUGUCAACUCCUCAUAGCACCUAUUUUCCAUGGAUGUGGUGGUGGCGUCCAUUGCGUUGGGCUGCGUUGUGCUCGUCCCUAUCAAUCACAACAUUGCCUUUUGCCCACACAUACACACGUAUCAUCAGUCCUGUGACUGAAGGGCAGUAGUUGGCUGCGUGGGUUAGCAUACACACACACACACACACACGCACACGCACACAUACAUACAUACACACACACACACACACACACACACACACACACACACGUGUACACACGUGCACACACGUGUCCACAAACUCAUGUGUGUUCGCACACCCUGUCCAUACCAGUUAAAUGAUUGAACCUGGCCCGGGUGCAAACCAGCAUUGGACAUUGCUCCACUUGCCGUGGUCUUGCUCUGUCCUUUGCAGCUGUUGUGAUAUUUUCCUGUUAUGAUAUGCUGUAUACCAGUCUAGUAACUUACUCGGAUGGCCAUUAUUUAUUUGUCCAUGCUACAUACCACUACUACUGGCACUAGUGACGGCUCUUUCCCUUUCCCAUUCAUGCCGACGCCACGUUCUCCGACAUGCGCGCCUACUUUUCGUCUUUGCCGCAUCGUGUGGAGUUCUAAAGCACCGGUGGUACUUCCUUGGGACUUCGGCCUUUGUUCUAUGCCAUAACUACCAUGCAGAAAUGUGUCCAUGUGUCCGUUGGCCUCGUGUUAA